ACACCCACCCCCGCAGAGAGACGGGCUUCUCGAAAUGCAGAACAGUCAGACUCCACAGUUGCGUUUGAGUUACACUUCACAACACAAUGGUUCUCCUGCUUACAGUAUAUUUAUUACUUUCAUGCCUUCGUGGUUUGACUGGGAGGAACUCUACACAUUCACCAAGAAUGAUAUUCACGGACAAAGACACUGCAGUUAAAAGGUCAUCUCUACCUGAACACCACAGACCUGUUCAGAUUCUCCUGGAUAGACAGCCGGAUUCUGUUACUGCUGUUGGACAAACACACCUGAAUUGGUACAACUUUCAAAACCUCAAUAAGACUCCCGUAGAAAGGAAGGUGCAGUGGAAGGAAUGCCCUACAAAUGAUUGCGGCUAUAACAUCACCGUGGUCCACCAGAGGGAAGAAGGCCACAAAGUGUUUGUUUGUGGAAGCAACAGGAGAGCAACCCUGUGCUGUGACGUGAAUUUAUCAGAGUCGUCACCCAUAUGCAGUCCCUCUGAGAAAAUGCACAGCUUAUCAGAAACCAUACAGGAAUUUGUCAUAAAGGAUGGUGAACAGUUUGCACUUGUGGAAUCAGAAAAAAAUGCAGAUCUCUACAUUACAUUCUCUGGAUCGCAAGGACAUGUUGGCAUUUUUAAGUUUGGGGAAAAAAGAGUCAGACCAGCGACCACUGCUAAAGAGCAGUACUAUGUAGGUCUGAUGCUCAGUAGACGGAGAGAAGAUCCCCUGCAAGACAGAGUUUAUGCCUUUUAUAAGCAGAAAAACAGAGACAAAGGGCUGUACAGUGAGAUGUGGAUGCCCUUUGUGACCCAAGUUUGCAUGGCAGAUAUUGGUGGACCCAAGAACAAUCUGCAGUUCAGCUGGACAUCCCAGAUGUAUGCCAAACUCUUCUGUGGAGACUCUGACAACAAACAGCAUUUCUCCGAGCUGGUAGACACGGCCAUUGUGCACGCAGACCGGUGGCGGGACACCAGAGUUUAUGCACUCUUCAGAAACGAAUGGGGAAUGAGCGCUGUGUGUGUCUACACGAUACAAGACAUUGACGAUGUCUUCAGAACUUCCCCAUUCGCCCCAGACGACGAAAUGAACCGGUCUAGAGAGUGUGUUCUUGAUAGCACCAAGAUUUCCUCUGAGAUCCUGAGGAACAUCGAGAAGACUUCAGAGAUGAAGGAAUGGGUCAGGCCUGAGGGGGACUCUGGCCCAAUUCUCUUUAAUCAUCGCAACUACACUCACAUCUACAUUGACAGUUCCCAGCACAACAGGAGCCACACAGUUUUGUUCCUGUCGCUGGAUAAUGGAGCGAUUCAUAAGGUGAUGCAGAGUGAAAACCACAGCUUCAUCAUUGCAGAGUAUCGACCUUUCAACCACGGUGCGCACACUCUCGGAGUCAUCUUACAGCCGUCCUCUAAAAAGCUGUAUGUCUACUCGAGAAGUCAGCUGGUCCAGCUGGAUGUGGCCAACUGUGCUCAGUAUGGAAACACUUGUCAGGAAUGUGUCUUAUCCAGAGAUCCUUUCUGUGGCUGGAACGGCACCCACUGCAUCCCUCAGACAAAUACGACUCGACAGGAUGUGGCUGGAGGAAACCAUGCCAUCUGUGCAUCGCUGCCAAACAGUCAUCGGCCUGAAAAAGUAUUUAGGCAUCCCACUAAAGCUCCACGUCCACAAGAGAACGUGACCAGCAUCACACUUGGGUCAAAGUAUUUCCUGCAGUGUCCGGUGUCAUCGCGCCACGCCGAGUAUAGAUGGAUGUGGGGCCGUAAAAACGUCACGUUCUGCAGCUCGAGGGAGGAGCAGUGCCUCCUUCUGAUCGACAGCAUGGGGCCUGAGCAGGAGGGAACUUACAAAUGUGUGUCAGACGAGAUGGGCUACAGCAAAGUUCUGGCACAGUACCAGCUGCGGGUGGAGAGCAGCGCAGUGGGUCGACUAUCAAGCCCAGUGGUCUGGAUUUGUCUGAUGGUUGUUCUGAUUAAGAAUUUAUCAUGUUAAUGCAGAAUAUUACAGCAGAAGUGAGUACAUCUCCGUGUAGUGUCACUUAAAUUUCAGGCCUCACAGUAGGAAGUCAAUGUGACAAAAGUCAGUACACCUUUCAUUACUGCUACUCUACUUUUGUCUUUAAAAUACUCCAAACAUGUUCUGGAUGCCAGUCAGGUUACUCGCCUGUAGUAGUCUUGACUUAUUUCUCUUUUCUGUCAAUUCUUCUAACUACAACUGAUCUCAGAUGUAUUCACUUUUUGUAUUGAGUUUCUACUUUGGGGCCUGUAUUUUCAGCAUUGUCCUUUGAAACACUUUGCUUUUCCACUGCUCAUGAGAGGAAAUACCGUGAGAAGUAGUAUAAUUUUGACUUACUUAGCCAGAAAGGUGAUAUUGCACAGGGGUCUACUGAUGUCUCUUGUAAACUGCAUAUUGAAUUGAAUUUUGUUAUAAAUAGUUUAUUUUGCAACAAUUUCUUUCCUUUAACUUAGAAAAUUAUUUUUACUGUCCUUUUGGCAUUUACUGUCAAAAAACAGACCUCUCAAUCUUUGCCAAAGGAAUGUAGAAGAAUAGAAAAAAAUGUGUCAAGGCUCUAAUGUUAUUCACGCUUCUCUGCAUUUGUCAAUGUGUGUUUUAUCCCUAAACCAUGCUAGCCACGGUGCUAGCUUCAGUUUGUGACCGCCAGCUAUUAUUACAUCGAGCUACGAAGUCAAGGAUGAGUCUUUAAAACUGCAUGCUUGUUUUGUAUGACAUAUUUAUACUUUUACAACAAUGCAAAGUAUUGAAAAAUAUGAAUAAUUGCAUCUAAUAAUUAACCCUUCUGUUAGGUUUGUUUCUCAGGAACAGCAAUAAUGUUCCUCGGUCAGUUUAAUUAUUCAGAAGUGUCAGAAACCAAAAAAUCCCACUAAACAUCAUUUAUAUUUCAUUUUGACUCCCUUAAUAGCCAAUUUAUCGAUCAAUAUUAAGUGUAGUGGUGUUCUUUAGCUCUCACAGAUCAUGGUUCAAUGAAGAUAAUUCAUUAGUUUUUCAUAAAAAAUACAUGUUAAAACUUUUUUUAAUGUGCUUUGGAAAGAUCUACAUAUAAAAUACAAGUUUUACAUGACACUGAUUUUUUUUGUCUAUAUUUAGAUUUUUUUCUUUUCAUGGAGUGAUGUUGAUAAAUUAACACUAGACACCUCUUCGAUUUAGAAUCAAAUCGACUGAAAGUCAAGACAAACGACUUCUGAGGAUUUGUGUAGAAUAUGCGUUUCAUACUGAAAAAAAUACUUUUAUCAAUUUUUAAAAGAUUAUUUAUACUUUAAAAUGGGUCAGUUUGUCCUGCAACGUAACAGGAGGGUUAUCUUGCUACUGUCAUACAAAUCAAGCAUGAAGAAAACCAAUGUACUGCAGAAACUAGGCGCUUUAGUUUAAAAAGUGUGUCGAACCUGUUUACCUUCAGGGGUUUUGAAAGACUGCCAGAUGCUUAGCUGAAAUGCCAGUCAUCAUGAUGCCCCUAUAACAGUAUUUCAUUGUCUUAGUUCUUUAGAAAAUCACCUAUAAAGGUCUUCCGUCUUGUUUCCUUUGCUGUGAAAUUCUGUUCAAAUGAACAUGAUGCACUUUUUGAUGAUCUGCUCUUGUAAACUACCUCAGAGGCCUUUGGAUGACGACAGACUGAGGCUUUUUUUUUUUUUUUUUUUUAAAAAGACUUCUCUCUUUCUCAUUUUAACAAGUUCACACAGUGAAAUACUGCUGAGAUGUUGACUAAUAGGAAGCUGUGACAUCCUUUUUUCAGCUGCGCCUGUUAUAGAGUGUGAAUCUGAGCACAAAUAUCACAGCUUACCCUCCAACAGGGUUUUCAUAUAGAAAGCAAUGUGCCAUAAUGCCUGAUAGUUGAGCUUAUAUGAAAGCCAUACUGUUCAGUGCAAUAUCAGUUCACCUGCGUUCCUAUACUUUACAGCUUUCCGUUAACUUAAAUUCAAGAAGUUGGGUAGCACUUUACUUUUUGUGUGUAUUGAGUUUCACAUUGUGUAUAUAUGAAUAACAUCAAUAAGGCUCGUUGGCUGAGUUGCACUUUGAUUCAUUCAUUUAAUCAAUGAAGCAAUACUCAACUAUUGCACCACUGCAAAUUGCACUCACAUUAUUAUAUAUUUUUCAAAUGGCAGUGUUCUCAUUUUCUCACUUACCUCUGGAGGUAUUUAGCCAUGCAGACAGCUUUGGUUUCAUUGAAUGUAUCCAUCUCUUAUGUUUGUGCCACCAUCUGAAAACAAUGAAAUAAUUCAUUUCUUUUUUAAUAAUGUAAUAGUAGACUCUAGUUUAAUAGCUAGUGUCCUGUGUGAAUGUGUCAGUGAGUGGUUGUGUGUCUGUGUUGCCUUAGGCCUAUGACUGAUGUUACCACUGUCUUGCUGUUGUCAGGGCCCUGCGACAGUUCAAAAGAUAAGCAGGUUCAUUUAACGCCUGGAUCAGAAUGUCAGCAUUGCUAUAUCAGUUACUGCUUCUGAUAAAUGCAAUUGUCAGUUUUUAUGCAGAUGCACAGUAAAGUAUGUCAUGCCAUUGUUAAAGUUUACUAAUAUGUUGCUUCUGCUCUGUACAUACUAGGGAUGUAGAAUAUUGGAUUUUUGACACAUAUAUGAAUAAAAGAUAUUUUUGGUAUGAUUCUGGAUGAUUGCAAAUGUUCAUGUUUUAAGCCUAAACUUUCUUUUAUGAUGGCCCAACAGCAGAUGCAGUCAUAAAAUAUCAUGCCUUUAAAAUAUACACAACACUUACACUACUGUUCAAAAGUUUGGGGUCUCUUAGAAACAUCCUUAUUUUUGAAAGAAAAACAUUUUUUUUCGAUGAAGAUAGCAUUAAAUUUGUCAGAAAUACAGUCCAGACAUUGUUAAUGUGGUAAAUGACUAUUUCUAGCUGGAAACAUCAGAUUUUUAAUGAAAUGUCUACAAAGGGAAACACAGGAACAUUUCCAGCAACCAUCACUCCUGUGUUCUAAUGCUACAUUAUGUUAGUUAAUGGUGUUGAAAGGCUAACUGAUGAUUAGAAAACCCUUGUGCAAUUCUGUUAGCACCUGAACGAAAGUGUGAAUUUUCAUGGAAAAUCUGAAAUUGUCUGGGUGAGUCUUUUGAACAUUAGCAUACAUGUAAAACAUGCCUUAUUUAUUUUAUGCACCGUUCUCAAACCAAAGUGCCUGUCAAUGUCAAUUUUGUGCCAAUCCUGAUAUUUAAUUCUAAAGCUUUUUAUUGGCCAGUGUCACGACCAUUGUGCAUCCAGAGUGCAUAGCUUUAGGUUUUGCAGUGUUGUUUUAAAAUGUUUUUUUGUAAGGUAAGAAAAUAUUUUAAAUGUAUUUGCAUUUCUUUCUUUAUAUAAAUAAAAAUCUGUUUUCAUUCUGA